GAAAAAAAAGGAAACACUGAGCAAUGUUCGAUUCCCGUCAUUAUUUAUUCACCACUGUCCCCGCUUGUGUCCGAGAAGCUUCCGCAGUGUUCAGCGCCACUUCCUGUCCCCGGUCGUCAGGCUCGCAGCCCGCAGAGGAGGAGGACUGACUCGGUCCCACAGACACACAACUUCCCCCCCACACACACGGCAAGGGAGGACCGAGCUGUCCCUGACGCCUGGACGAGGGGGACCGAGGGCUUCCGCUGAGAGGACAGGACCGGACCCCCGAGGCUCCUGGACGGAGACACGGUGCCAUUGUCCUCCCGCCGAGGGCGAGUGGAGACAGGUCGGCUGCUCUGCUAAUUAGCCUGCGUGGGUCCCCGCGGAGAGACAGGGCAGCUAGCUAGGGUGCGAGGGACCGAGGGACUGCUCCAGCCACAACCGGGACAUUUAUCUGGAAGACUCAUGUUAGGGUUCCUGAUGGGAGCAUUUGUCCGGUAGUCAUCCCUCCCUCCCUCUACCCCCCCCAGUCGGACCGUGGCUCGGAGUCGCCGCUCGGGCGCUGUCCUCGCCGGGGGUGCCCGGUCCUCGUCGCCCGGUCCAGCUAGCUCCAGGCGGCUGGUCCGGUCCCCCCCCUGUCCCCUGUCCUCGCCUCGCCGGUCCUCUGCCGCUCUGGCCGACCCGAGCCGAGCCCGAACAUGGCAGGCAACCUGAAGAAAGGCGGGGGGCUCAUCGGAAUGAUGAAGGAUGCCUUCCAGCCCCACCAUCACCACCUCCACUCCCAUCACCAGCCCGGGGCCGUGGACAAGAAGACGGUGGAGAAAUGCUGGAAGCUGAUGGACAAGGUGGUGCGUCUGUGCCAAAACCCCAAAUUGGCCCUGAAGAACAGCCCCCCUUACAUCCUGGAUCUGCUGCCUGACACCUACCAGCACCUGCGCACCAUCUUGUCUCGCUACGAGGGCAAAAUGGAGACACUGGGGGACAACGAGUACUUCCGGGUCUUCAUGGAGAACCUAACAAAAAAGACCAAGCAGACCAUCAGCUUGUUCAAGGAGGGCAAAGAGCGCAUGUAUGAGGAAAACUCACAACCCAGGCGGAACCUCACCAAGCUGUCGUUGAUCUUCAGCCACAUGCUGGCUGAGCUGAAGGCCAUCUUCCCCAACGGUCUGUUUCAGGGUGAUAACUUCCGCAUCACCAAGGCAGAUGCUGCAGAGUUCUGGAGGCAUGCUUUCGGCGAUAAGACCAUCGUGCCUUGGAAGGUCUUCCGUCAGUCUCUGCACGAGUUCCAUUCCAUCAGCUCGGGACUGGAGGCCAUGGCGCUCAAGUCCACCAUAGACCUCACCUGCAAUGACUACAUCUCUGUGUUUGAGUUUGACAUCUUCACAAGGCUAUUUCAGCCUUGGUCGUCCCUGCUGCGAAACUGGAACAGCUUGGCAGUUACUCACCCAGGGUACAUGGCCUUCCUCACCUACGAUGAGGUCAAAGCACGGCUACAGAAGUUCAUUCACAAGCCUGGCAGUUACAUCUUCCGCCUGAGUUGUACGCGGCUGGGCCAGUGGGCGAUCGGCUACGUGACAGCAGAUGGAAACAUACUGCAGACCAUUCCUCACAAUAAACCUCUCUUCCAGGCCCUUAUAGAUGGCUUCAGGGAAGGAUUCUAUUUAUUCCCUGACGGCCGGACGCAAAACCCUGACCUGACAGGACUGUGUGAGCCUUCGCCUCAAGACCACAUCAAAGUCACACAGGAGCAAUAUGAGCUGUACUGUGAGAUGGGCUCCACUUUCCAGCUGUGUAAGAUCUGUGCGGAGAAUGACAAGGAUGUGAAGAUUGAGCCCUGUGGCCAUCUCAUGUGCACCUCCUGUCUCACCGCCUGGCAGGAAUCCGAGGGUCAGGGGACGGGCUGCCCCUUCUGUCGCUGUGAGAUAAAGGGGACAGAGCCCAUUGUCGUGGAUCCUUUUGACCCCAAGGACCCCAACAGCGGAGGCACCAUCAGGAGCUUGUUCGGUGCCGAAGGAUCCCCAUCACCUUGCUAUGACGACGACGAUGACGACAGACUUGAAGACCCCCACCUAAUGAUGAGCAAACUUGCUUGCACAAAGGUGGAGCGGCCCCCGUCACCCAUGUCCAUGGCUCCUCAGUCCUCUCUCCCCCCUGUGCCACCGAGGCUGGACCUGCUCCCACCACACAGAACGCCCAACCCCCCUGGUGCCUCCAGCCCUGGAGUCACCUCGAAGGCAGCUUCUCACCACAAAGACAAGCCUCUCCCCCUCCUCCCGGCGCUGAGGGACCUUCCCCCCCCUCCUCCUCCAGACCGGCCCCACGCUUCUGGAGCGGGCCCCGAUGGACGGCUGCAGAGGCGUCCCUUACCCUGCACUCCUGGGGAGCCCCCUCGAGAUAAGCUCCCGCCUACACCACCAAACCGGCUGCUGGCCGACUGGAACUCCAGGCCUGUUCCCAAGGCCCCCACCUCCUCUUCCUCGUCGUCCUCGUCAUCCUCCUCCUCCCAAGUGUCCAGUCUUGGAGGGGACAUCCGAGCAGGUGUCAGGGAACUCUCCAACCGACACUCCCUCCCGUUGGCGCUGCCCUCGGCUCUGGACACCCGCUCCGAUUCUCAGAAGAACAACAGCUCCCUCAGUCUGGAUCACCAGCUGAAUUUUGCUGCAAUAGGUGCUCAAGAUUAUGACAGCCCCAAAGUUAAGCCCUCAUCCUCAGCCAACGCACUCUACGCACUGGCAAACAGAUCAUCUCAAACCCUGAGGGCAGUGGCAGGAGAGGAGGCACGUGACAGUGAGGAAGAGUCGGAGUACAUGAUCCCGUCCUCUCGCCCUGUCCUGCCCCCCAUCGCCUCACCACCUGUAGGGGAGAUCCCACCAGUACCGAGGCCUCCGCAACCUCAGCCUCUCUCUGCACUCCAGACACAGACCCAAACUUCCACACACAACUCAAGGUUGGCAAUGGCUGAACUGGAGGAUGGACCUCAAAUGUAUGAAGCCAUGUACAACAUCCAGGCCAGGUCGCAACAAGCCAGAGAUUCAGAUUACUCGGAGUUGCCCCCUCUGGCAUUGACCAACGGUCCCGUAGACCACACAGCCGAGGACAGGGAAGAGGAGGAAAACGGCUACGACUUCCCUAAACCACGGAUCCCCGUAGCCCCUGCCCGACGGACCCUUUCAGAACUGGCAGGAUCCUCUUCGUCCUCAUCAUCCUCAUCAUCAUCCUCCAUGGUUGCUUUCGGCCGCCUUUCUUUAGAUUCAGACGGUGGAGCUGCAGCACCCUUCUCAGAGCCGGUGGAAGCACCAGAGAGACCUCCCAAGCCUCUGCCCAGACGAAUCAACUCCGAGCGGCGACCGAGCCCCGUCCCGCCCUUCUCUGCACCGCCCACUGGUGGAGCAGCGGGCGGAGAAGCCAACUCUCAAAUCAGUAGCGAGAUCGAGCACCUCAUGAGUCAGGGAUACUCUUACCAGGACAUCCAGAAAGCACUGAUGAUUGCACAGAACAAUAUUGAAAUGGCCAAGAAUAUCCUACGCGAGUUUGUCUCCAUUCCCUCCACCGCCCAUGUUCUGACAUAGCACACUCCCUGUGCCUGUCUCUCGU